AUGACUGUCACCGACGGGACCACUUCUCACAUCAGGGUCAGACCCCUGCACCCAACUUUUGGUGCCGAAAUCAGCGGUGUGGAUUUCUCGUCUCCUUUGAGUGAUCAAGUGUUCAAGGAUAUAUAUGAUGCAAUAACCAAGUACGGCGUCGUCGUUUUUCGCAGCACUGGCCUCACAGAUGAGGGCCACAUUGCCUUUUCUCGAAAAUUCGGAGAAUUGGACGACGUGAAACCGUACAUCAGCGCUGGGCGGAAACACCGCCUCAACUAUACCGAGCUCUUCGAUGUCAGCAAUGUUGAGGCCGAUGGGUCCAUCCUCGACCCUGAGAGCCCGCGAGGCCAAGCAAACAAGGGCAACGAUCUCUUCCACGUGGACUCAAGCUUCAAUCCCCGUCGUGCCGGGUACUCGCUGCUCCUGGCGCACGAGCUUCCACCAAGCGGCAUGGGUGGCCACACUGCAUUUGCAGAUACGAGAACAGCAUUCGACGACCUCUCUCCGGAGCUCAAGGAGGAGCUGCUAGGUAACGACUACGUGGCAUGCCACUCGAUGCAUCACUCCCGCAAGCUUGCGGCCCCCGAGGCAUUCUCUGCUGUCAACCCGCUCGAUUACCCCAUGGGACGGCACAAACUGGUGCAGCUCCACGAACCCUCUGGCCGCAUGAAUUUGUAUAUUGCGGCCCAUGUGCACCACAUUGAGGGUCUCGCUCCUGAAAAGUCACAGGCGCUGUUUGACUACCUAUUCAAGCACGCCACUCGCGAGGCCAAUACCGUCGAGAUUGAGUGGCAAAAGCCAGGCGACCUGGUUGUCUGGGAUAAUACCUGCACCAUGCACCGGGCUGUUGGAGGGCCGUUCCUUCGGAAAUACAAGCGAGAUAUGAGACGGACGACCGUUCACGAUUCAAGCUCGACAGCUUGGGGCUUGAAUGAACAUACUGAUGUCAGACAAGGUCUUCCUUGCUUGAAGUGCAGGACAUUUAGUGACCAUCAUUUUUAUCAUUGA